AUGUUAGCCCUCCGAACACGGGCUUUGUUCAACUUUUUAUUCGAAAGACAGUAUGCCGGCAUACCACGAGAAAUCGAUACCAACCAUACACACUCGCUCGAAGAACGAGCACCAGUGGUGAUCACUCAGACGAAGAUGGAGUCUCGUUAUGUGGUCAUCCCCGAGCCUACCACCAUCGUGGUUACAUACCAUGUCCCAGCCAACGCUACAGAGAACACCGACAGCGUUGAAAUGCCGCCGGCUUCAACUGUGCCUGCUGCAGACCUGACAUCUGUUCCUGCAGCGGAUCCUGCUGUAGAUACCCCAGUGUUUGCAUCAUUGAUUGUACCUACAACGCAAGAGGUCGAGCCCGUUCCAACGACUGUACCUGCAGCUGGAGGAGAGGCAGCGCCUGAAACUAGUGACGCAAAUGUGAACGAGACGACGACAGUCCCCAUCGAGCCGAUUGCUCAGCCAACUUCUCAACCACCCCCACAGGAAACACCCCAAGAACCUCCAGUGGUUAAUGGCCCUGAACCGGUACCGACACCUGUUCAGCCGACCACUCAAGAGCUGCCCAAAGGAACACCAGAAGAUGCUCGAUUGACAGAUGGACCGGAUCCGGUAACAACACCCGUCCAGACAACGACCCCGCCGUCAUCUCAGGAGACACCACAGGAUGCCCGAUUAAUCGAUGGACCAGACCCUGUAACGACUCCUGUUCAGGCGCCUAAGGAUACUCCAGAAAAUGCUCGACUCAUAAUCGAGACUGAGUCUUCAUCAUCAUCGUCCUUGUCCUCGUCUUCGACGUCUACUUCGGAGGUGCUCCUUUUUGAUACUGCAUCCUUCACCUUCACUGGUCCCCCAUCUCGGUCAACGACCCUUCAAACCCGAUCUGGAACUAGAGCUGCUUCCUCCGCUACUGAGACUACUGAAGCAUCUGAUAGUUUCGUUUUCGAUGACGGUGAGACGAGCGCUGACGGGGCUGCGCCAGCACUUAGUACAGCGACUCUAGCCGACGGAGGCCUUACGACCAUUGGCCUCGGUGCUACUGCUGGAAGCGACCAUGCCUCGAAGACCGAAAGUCCCGAUUCAGCUGUCAAAAAGGAAUCUGACAAUGCAGGCCCAACUCCAGUCGUUGUAGGCAGUAUUGUCGGUUCCAUCAUGGGAUUGUCUUUCCUGGCACUCAUCAUCUUUUGGCUCAUCAGGAGACGGAGACAGCAGCGUCGAAGGAGCACUCUUCUCACCCCACUCGAUUUUCCUCAAGGCGGAUCUGGUAAGGAGAAGUACGAAAUCGACAAUAAUUCGCUCGGCCCAACGCCUCGCUCUGUCAAGGUUGCUGCCGCGAUGAGCGCCAAUGCUAAGAAGAUUGGUCAACGAUUCCGACAGUCCAUGAGCUCUUCUCAUGUCGACAUGAGCCGAGGAAACUCUCAGUUCGGCGCCGAAAGCCACAGCGCGUCUACAAACCGCGCCCCUAGCCGAGGGAGUGCAGCUCCUGGGCAACAGGGAUGGUGGUCACGACUUAUUGAAGAGUCAAGCGUCGCGGAUCUGGCAGCAGCCCCCCCCGUGCCUGACGAUGGUCAUGAUGGAAGACGGACUCCCAGCCCCAACCCUUUCUCUGAUGCCAACAACAUUACUGCAGCGUCUCGUGGGGACUCAUAUGGUCGCGGUAGCGUCCUGCCUCACGGUUCUCUUGUGCCACCCCCACUUGCCCCUGCCCGGCCUCAUUCUUUGGAUAACCCGUUUGCCGACGAGAGUUCCAGCUUGUCUCCCGACCCCAUGCAACCGCCACCGAUGGCCUAUAGAGAGCCAGUCGAUCAGAGGCAAGGCCCGACCAUGUCGCGGAACCUUACACCUCAAUCGACGGGUGACGGCGUGAGGCUAAGGCCACAGGAAGUUUGGCGCGGCAACGUUCACUCGAACCCCUUCGACUUGGAGCUCGAUGGCCGACACAUGUCUAGCAUGGGACACAUUCAAAAUAUGCCACGCUAUACUGCCGCCAGCUCCUUCUAUAGCACAAACCGCCAGACCGUCAGGCACUCUCGGGCUGAGAGUUACACUUCACGAUAUACCAGUGGAGUGAGCGACGUUAGCGAGUGGCCUCCUGUGCCCCCUCAACCACGUGUACCCAGUAUCUAUGGCCGAUACGAUGGAUCUGACUUUCCCCCUUCCCCUCGACACUCCCGAAGUGAGAGCGACGGCCAUAUCCCGAGACGACAAACCGGCCAGGCGAUGUGA